CUCGGGCUCAGGCUCGGGGCCCCAGGUUCAUCUCCUCCCUCUGUUUCUUGGGUACCCUGUUUCUCAAGAGAACCUUUCCCUUCUCUCGGACUCACUCCUCCGCUCUUCCUUCCCUGGCGACGACGACUGGGCGAGCGGCGGCGCCAUUUGUCACGUCUCCUCCCAGCCCUUUGCCGGCGACGAGCAUCCACUAGAUUUCUCCAAAGCAUGAGAUGUGAACUAGUAUUACAGGAAGUUACAAGGGAAAUAGUGACAUAAAACUUGAUUUGUCAAAGAUCAAUUGGUGGCUUGAAAUGGCUCAGCAGACGGCUUCAGUUCCAUUGGGUGACACAGCAGUUGUUGAUGCCAAACCCUUGCGUACAUUGACUCCCAUGUUCCCUGCACCACUAGGGCUCCACACUUUCACUCCUCAAAACUCACCUUCAUUUAUCUGUGUGACCCCAUUUGGACCAUAUACUGGAGGCACUGAAUUGGGCACAGCUGCUGUUCCAUCAAUGUUUGCAGCAUCAACACCUGCUGCAGAAUCCAGCCAGACACAGCUGCAUACGGCUAAUAUGAAUGGAGCUGCCCAAGUUAAUGGUACUGCAGUCAACAGUUUGGUCACUCCUUUGCAAACUCUGUCAGCUGGUGUGCAUGAAUCUGGUAAGAGGAAGAGGGGCAGGCCAAAGCGUGUCCCAGAUGCUACUGUUCCUUCAGCUCCUCUGGCUCCUACAGUUCCUCCAGUUACUUCAUUGCCUUUGGUUCCUUCAGUUCCUUCAGCUCCUAAGGAAGGUGAUAAUAUUGUUUCUGUGAUGCCUUCUUCAGCCACCCCACAGGAAUCUGGCAAAAGGAAGAGGGGACGGCCCAAACGUGUACAAGAUGUUCCUGAACUGGGUCCUCCAGCUUCUCAAGUAGACAGUACACCUGUUCUUCAGACACUUCCUGGGCCCACUGUACAUGAAUCUGGUACGAGGAAAAGAGGACGACCCAAACGUUUGCAGGAUAGUUCAGAUAUUUCAACUCCAAUUCACUCAAAGGAUAGUGAGCCCCCUCCCCAGCUACCUUCUGCAGCCACCUCACCUGAAAGUGGUAAGAGGAAGAGGGGACGUCCAAAGCGCAUACUUGAUGGUUCAGCGACUUCAUCAAGUCAUUCAGGUUAUUCAAUAGAUGAUGAAGCUGUUGACACAGCAAAACGUGGACGACCUAGGAAAAUCGACACCAAUCUGUUGCAGCUUCCAUCUUUGUCUUCACAUGAUCCUAGGGAAUCUGCAGAUAAUGUACUAAUGAUGUUUGACGCACUGCGGCGGAGACUUAUGCAGCUGGAUGACGUGAAGCAAGUUGUAAAGCAGCAGCAUAACUUGAAGGCUGGGAGCAUCAUGACUAAUGCUGAACUUCGUGUCAACAAGAACAAGAGGAUUGGAGAGAUUCCAGGUGUUGAGGUUGGUGAUAUGUUCUACUUUAGAAUUGAGAUGUGCCUAGUGGGUCUGAAUAGUCAGAGCAUGGCAGGGAUAGAUUACAUGUCAGCCAAGUUCGGUAAUGAGGAGGACCCUGUGGCUAUUAGUGUUGUGUCAGCUGGUGUGUAUGAUAACACUGAAGACGAUCCAGAUGUUCUAGUUUACACUGGGCAGGGCAUGUCUGGCAAGGAUGACCAAAAACUUGAGAGGGGUAAUCUUGCACUGGAGAGGAGUUUGCAUAGAGGUAAUCCGAUUAGAGUCAUUCGUAGUGUAAAAGAUUUGACUUGUCCAACUGGCAAGAUAUACAUAUAUGAUGGUCUUUACAAGAUCAAAGAAGCCUGGAUGGAGAAAGGGAAAUCUGGUUUCAAUGUGUUUAAACACAAGUUGCUCAGAGAACCUGGCCAACCCGAUGGCAUUGCAGUGUGGAAAAAGACUGAAAAAUGGAGGGAAAAUCCAUCUUCUAGAGACCAUGUUAUAUUGCUUGACAUAUCAUAUGGUGUGGAAAGUAAGCCUAUUUGCCUUGUAAAUGAGGUUGACGAUGAGAAGGGUCCUACCCACUUCACCUAUACCACUAAAUUGACCUAUGGGUAUCCAAGCUCCAUGAGAAAAACACAAGGCUGCAAAUGCGCAAGUGUAUGCCUCCCUGGUGAUAACAACUGCUCCUGUAUGCAUCAAAAUGCUGGUGACCUUCCUUACAGUGCUUCAGGCAUACUUGUUAGCCGCAUGCCUAUGUUAUAUGAGUGUAAUGAUUCCUGCACUUGUUCACAAAAUUGCCGGAACCGAGUAGUACAGAAAGGUACCCAGAUCCGUUUUGAAGUGUUCAAGACAGGAGAUCGUGGUUGGGGCCUCCGUAGUUGGGAUCCGAUUCGAGCAGGCACAUUUGUCUGUGAAUAUGCAGGUGAAAUCAUUGACAGAAAUAGCGUGAAUGGUGAAGAUGACUACAUCUUUGAGACCCCUCCUUCGGAGCAGAAAUUAAGAUGGAACUAUGCACCAGAAUUGCUGGGUGAACCUAGUCUUUCUGACUCAAAUGAGACACCCAAGCAACUGCCAAUCAUCAUCAGUGCAAAACGAACAGGGAAUGUGGCUCGCUUUCUGAACCACAGUUGCUCUCCUAAUGUUUUUUGGCAACCAGUUUUGUAUGAUCAUGGUGAUGAGAGAUAUCCACAUAUUGCAUUUUUUGCAAUUAAGCAUAUUCCCCCAAUGACAGAGCUUACAUAUGAUUAUGGCCAGAGCCAAGGUAAUAUUCAACAGGGAUCCAACUCUGGUUGUCGGAAGUCUAAGAGUUGCUAUUGUUGGUCCCGUAAGUGCAGAGGUUCCUUUGGCUAAACAACCAACCCAUAAUGAAAGUAUUGGAUCAUAAUUCUGCAGUUACAAGAUGAACUGAAUUGCCGUUACCCGCAGAAACAGGUCAUCGUCAUGGCGUGUUUGAAGGAGCAGAAGGCUUCCUAGGUGUUCCUUGGAUGAUCAAAUAAUAAGUCUGCCCCUCUUCGCCAUAGAAUGCAAAAAUGGGGUGGACUUUAUGUCACAAUGCAGUGUCAUUGUAUUAGACUAUUGUAUUAACUAGUUUUUAGGCAUCAUCUAAGGAGGGAGAAUGAAUCUUAUGCUCUUUGAAGUGUACUAGUGGUGAUCUGCACCCCUGUUAUGACCAACCGUCGCAGUUUUAGUGAUUGCAGAAUGCCUUUUUUUUUCUUUUUUAAAAAAAGUGUUGAUUUUUCUUGAUUUUAAAUUCUUUUCCCCAUCUUC